AUGGCGACCACCCCAGCUCCGAACGAGUUCAGGAACCCCAUUGCGGUGGCCAAGGCAGUGCUGUCUGCUGCGACCUCCGUGACGGCCACCGUGAUGGUGGUGCGGUCGGUGGUUCGACCCUUCAUCCCCCGCGAAUUCCAGGACUUCCUCUUUGACUUCCUCUUUUCCAGGAUCCGCGGCUUCUCGUCUCGCUUCUGCAACGAGAUGACCAUGGUCAUCGAACGGCACGAUGGGUACGCCCAAAACGAGCUCUUUGGGGGCGGCCCGGGUUUUCCUGGCCGCCAAGCAAUCCGGUUCCGGGUCAAAUUGAAGUGGGUUUUGGUGUCAAGACAAGUCGGCUCGGUUGGCAACCGAGUUCAUCAAGGCCCAAACUCAACGGUUCAACACGGAGAUCAGUACUUUGAGCUCACUUUUGACAAGAAACAUAUGGAGAUCGUGGACAAAUCCUAUCUGCCUUUCGUCAUGAACCAGGCCAAGUCCAUAAAGCAGGAGAAGAAGACGUUGAAACUUUACACUGCAAGUUCAUUAUCGGGCCCAUGGUCCUCGGUGAACCUCGACCACCCGGCGACGUUCCAGACAUUGGCCAUGGACCCAGAGCUCAAGAAGAAGAUCCUCGACGACCUCGACAGGUUCGUGAGGAGGAAGGAGUACUACAGGAGAGUCGGCAAGGUGUGGAAAAGAGGGUACCUAUUGUACGGACCCCGAACAGGAAAAUCGAGCUUGGUCGCCGCAAUGGCCAAUUACUUGAACUUCGACGUAUACGACCUAGAACGAGUGGGCUUCGGGCAAUGCGAACCUCGGAGAUUGCUCGUCGCCACCACGAAUCAGUCCAUAUUGGUGGUCGAGGACAUCGAUUGCACCAUUCAGUUGCAAGAUAGGAAUCCAGGAACACGAGCCGCCGGCAUGAAUCCGAUGUUGAUGUGUUAUCAACAACAAGAUCAAGUGACGUUGUCUGGAUUUCUCAACUUCACCGAUGGGCUUUGGUCAAGCUGCGGCAAUGAGCGAAUCAUAGUCUUCACGACAAACCAUGUUGAGAAACUAGACCCGGCCAUAUUGCGCCCAGGGUGCAUGGAUUUGCAUAUUCCCAUGUCCUAUUGCACCCCUUGUGGGUUCAGGCUUCUAGCUUAUAAUUAUCUCGGGAUCGAUCAUCAUGAGCUUUUCAACCAAAUUGAGAGCGCGAUCACGAUGGCUAGAGUCACUCCGGCUGAAGUAGCGGAGGAGUUGAUGAAGUGUGAUGAAUCAGAGAUCGUCCUCAGGAACAUGGUUUCCUUCCUCACUAAUCACAAGAGGAAAGAAAAUGAAGAAGUCAUCUAG